AUGGUUUAUCGUUGUAGCAUGUGUGUUGGUUACCUUACUGUCUCCUUACCAGAACUCCUGGAUCACCUGCGUAGAAGUCAUUCAAAUUACCCAAAUUUUCAUGUGCUUUGUGGACUCGAUGGCUGUCCCAGAACAUACAAACGAGUUGUAUCUUUUCGAAAUCAUUUAAUUCGAAAACACAACAUUUAUGGAAAGGAAAACGAGCCAGUUAUAAACAACGACGAGAAUCCUAGGGAUAUGAACAUUGACGGUGAAAAUGAUCCCGCCAUACAAGAAAAUGAUGCUGAACCUGCACAUGUACUUGUUGAAAAUAUGCAACGAGAUAAUGCUCUUUGCCUUUUUGGUUUCAAGCUUUUUGGUCUCUUUUGUAUUUAUGAUUAUACGUAAAGUUUAAUAAUAUUCCCAAUAUUAUGAUUUCACUUCAAGAUUUCACUAAGGUUAUAUACUGUAUUCUGUAUAUUUUUAUAUAAUGUCAUUGUGUAUAUGUUGUCUGUGUUGGUCCUUUUAAAAAACAUGUGAAUGAAACGUUUCCUGAAUAAAUAUUAUUUUAUUCUAUUAUAAAUAUUAAACAUGCAUCAUGUCUCGGGUUCAAGAUUGGAACUUUUUAUGCAACAGUCAAUGUAAAUCCUCCCCCCCCCAACCGGGGAGGGGCAGGGGGUUUAGCGGGGAAAAUGGUCAGUUUUGAUUGUAAAUAUGUCCCCGAUGAUGGGGGACUUGGGCAACAUUUUUUCUUUCGGUAGACAAUGGGGGGACGAAAGCAGGGGAAUGGAUUCAGUGGUUAACAUAUAUAUCCUGUGUUGCUGUUUUAGUUUUCUUUACAAGAAAAGUUUAAAUACAGUAACAUUCAAUGAAUUUGAUUUUCUAUUGCUGAUGUAUGAAAUAUACAAAAAUAAUUUUCCCGGGGUUCAGAGACAUGCAGGGAUAUUGAUUAAUUACCUUUUCCCAGGGGCGGGGACAAUUUCGCUCUUUUACUACCCCUCAAAGUCAAAAUCCCCGCUCCUCCUCGGUUGGGGUUGGUUCAAAUUUGCACAGUACUGGACAAAGUUGGUAUUCAAAUUUGCCCAAUACUGUGUAAAUGUAACAAUGAGUACAAACUUUUAUUUGGUGUUAUGUAAACAAUUAGGGAUGUGCCGGAUACUGUUUUGUUAGAUACCAGGUAGUAGUCUACCGGAUACUGCAUGCUGGUUAUGGGAAAAUGAUAAUCUGAUAAUACACGGAUACCGGAUAGUAAUGGUAACACUUGGACAAUACUUCACUAUUGUUUCCCAUAAUACAGUCCAAUGUUUGAAUUAUGUGCUUUAUUUUAUAUCUUAGAGCAGUUUACAGUACAUCUCGAAAACACUUUCUGCAUUUCAUGUAUUUAGUAAUUGUUCCUGUUUCAUAAUUUCUUGACACAGAAAAAAGACAAAGAACCCAUUUUUCUUGGCUUCAUGGUUGUAAUAAAAGUUCCAGUAUUGUCGGGUAAACAUCAGGCCAAAUUUUGACAAAUACUGCCAGAUGUCUAUUUUUACUGGAGACUGAUAUCCGUAUUCGGCACACCCCUAUAAACAACCUAGAGCAUGUAUUUGGCCAAAUUAAUUGACUAGUGUAAAAAUGGAACAUUGCUAAUUUCCAAAAUCUGUUUUUUUUAAUAAGGAACCCAGAAAGAUAGUACUUCGUAGAUAUCAUGUGAAAGUCAGAAGAGGAAGAAAACUCAAAGUAGUUGAGAAAACAGAUGAUGCAUUUUACAUUCCAUUGCUAGAAAGUUUACAGCAGCUACUAAAUGAUGAGGCAAUUCUGGAAGAGGUAACUUAUUUAAGGGGUAACUUUGUUUUCUCUCAAUAAAUUUACAGAUGAAAAUGAACUCUCAUUAUGUUAUAUAGAAGUAUAUUGUCAAAACAAUUUUUAUUCCAAAACAACAAUCUGUGAAUGUUUUGACUUAGUUGCCCUUGUGAUGUUUACAUCACAAUUUUGUUUCUGGUAUUGACCCUCAUGAGGACUUUUGAGCAAGUUGACUUUUGUACUGAUACAUAAGCAAGGCUCCAAGGCAUGUGAUGAUGUAAUUAUCUAAUUUUAUUCUUUUUACACUCCAGGUGGAAAAUUCACAUGCCAGGGAUGAUGGGUAUUUGAAUGAUUUCUGUGAUACUGAUUACUUUAAAGAUCAUCCUUUAUUUGGUCUUGAUCCAUAUGCAUUACAACUUUUGUUGUAUUUUGAUGAACUUGAAGUUUGUAAUCCUCUGGGAUCAAGAGCUAACAAGCUAAACUUGGUAUGAUGUAGGCUAUGUUAUAGACUCGACAUUGAUUCCUCAAUACAGUUGUGUGUUUCUGUACAGUGUCAUUAAUGCUAUUGUGCUAUUUUCUUUCGGGUCUUAUAGUAGAUGUACAAGUAGGUAUGAUUUGCAUAAUGCAAUUUAAUUACAUGUACACUAACAGCAGUGUGAAAUCGUAGCAAACAAUGAUAUGUAUUUCAUAUAUGUGACAUGUGCAUGGCAAGUUUUUCACUGAAGUCGCAUACUAGACUAUACAAUGAAUCAAGCUUGAAUCUUAUAUAUAGUGUUUCAAAGUCAUAAUUUUAAUUUCACUUUGGAGUUUACCGUUAGUCUGUAACUCAUUAAAGUGAAAUUGUGCCAUUAUUUAUUGAACAAACAUUUUCCAAUCUAUUUUUAAAAUUUGCUAACUAAAAAUAAAGAGAAAAACACAAGACACACCUUCUCUCUUUAAUAGGAAAGAAGCUAGGCUUUAACAAGUUGUUGUAUACACACCCUUUUUCUCAUUCCAGACAUCUUGUCUGACCCAAAAUCAGACACAUGGUUUCACACCAUAAGUGCCACAGAAUUUAUUUAUUUUGCUAUAUCUUGUUUAAGGUGCCUUGUACUACACACUUGGGAACAUAAAACCAUGCAAUCGCUCUCACAUGAAUGCUAUUCAACUUCUUGGUUUGGUAACUUGCAAACACUUGAAGCUAUAUGGUAUCCAGCCUUUGCUGGAAGCAUUUAUGGAAGACUUACAUAAACUUGAGCAGGUAAUUUAUUUAUUUAUUUAGCUUUACCAACUAGGGCAGGGUCACCACAACAGGUGAACAAAUAAAUAAACUGCAUAUGGCAAUUACUGUGGGCCCUUUUACCUAACCCACCCUAUCAAAUUUCCCUGUGGAAGGAAACCCAGUGUACCCAGAAAAAACCGACGACUUUCGGCAGAUUGUUACCCUUUUCACAUGAGGACUGGGUUUGAGUUGCAUUGAGAAAGUUCUCACUGAGGCUUGAACCUGCAACUUUAUAGGUGAAAGGCAAGUGCACUAACCACUUCACCACCGAAGCCCCGACAAAUUGAAUGUGUGGUGCAGUACCGUGUUUUACAUAAUAUUUAAUGUUUGAAUCUCUAAUUUUUCCUACACUUGCUUGUAGGAUUCUGGGUAUACGUUUAUCGUGGAUAAAGAAGAAAGACAUUUACGAGGAACUCUUGCGUAUGUAUCAGCUGACAAUCUCAGAGCUCAAUAUCUUGGUGGCUUCAAGCAGGGAUCCCAGUCUCACAGAAAAUGCCGGGAAUGUAUGGGAAUCAAUGAUCAAAUACAAUCAAUG